CGGACGCGUGCUUUUGUGGGUGCGGGCGCCGGCGGCCCAGCCUGGGGGAUGUCGCGUGCGGGCAGCGCGGUGCGGGCGGCCCCCGGCGGGGGCAGCGGCAGUGGCAGUGGCGGCAGCGCGCUCUUCUCGGGCUUCCGCGCUCUCGGCCUUUACUCCAACCACCUGCCCCACGUGCUGCGCUACCACCAGCGCCACCGCGAGUUCUACCUGCUCACCGCCGCGGGGAGGAGCUUCCACACCUACAACGUAAAGAAACUUGGUAUAGUUGCUGUUAGUAAUGCUUUAUUACAAGACAUUACUUGUUUGGCAGCGGACAGAAUGUUGGUCUUUGCUUCAUAUGGCAAUCUUCUCCAUGCUUUUGCCCGGAACAAAGAGGUGGUUCAUAUAUAUGAUGGUCACAAAGGAGAAAUUCAUCUUUUGCAGCCAUUUGGUGAUCAUGUCAUCUCUGUGGAUAUUGAUAAUGUUCUUAUUGUUUGGGAUGUACAAUCAGAAGAAGAAUACCUACAACUGAAUUUUGAUAAGGCUGUUUUUGCAGUUUCUGCAAUUAUGCAUCCAAGUACCUACUUAAAUAAAAUUCUCCUUGGCAGUGAACAAGGAAGCCUGCAGUUAUGGAAUGUAAAAUCCAACAAACUUUUAUACUCAUUUCCAGGAUGGGGCUUAGGGGGUGUGACAACCCUCGAACAGGCACCAGCAGUAGAUGUAGUUGCAAUAGGUCUCGUGUCUGGUCAUAUCAUUGUGCACAACAUUAAGUUUGAUGAAACACUGAUGAAAUUUCAGCAAGACUGGGGUCCCAUCACAGCAAUAUCUUUCCGUACAGAUGGUCAUCCAGUCAUGGCAGCUGGAAGUCCUAUUGGACACAUUGCACUGUGGGAUCUGGAAGAGAAGAAACUAAUUAGUCAAAUGCGAAAUGCCCAUUCCACAGCAAUAGCUGGUAUGUCAUUUGUCCAGGGAGAGCCACUUCUUGUUACUAAUGGUGCUGAUAAUGCUAUAAAGAUAUGGAUCUUUGAUGGCCCUGGAGGUGGUGGUCGUUUGUUGAGGUGCCGUAUGGGACAUAGUGCUCCUCCAACAAAAAUCAGAUACCAUGGGCAAAAUGGACAACAAAUUCUUAGCGCAGGUCAGGAUGGAACCUUGCAGUCUUUUUCCACAGUGCAUGAAAGGUUCAAUAAAAGUUUAGGACGUGGUUCUAUAAACAAAAAGAAAUCAAAAAGGAAAGGUCUUCAGUAUGAUACAAUGGCUCUUCCACCUAUUACUGCAUUUGCAACAGAGAUAGCACGUCAGAAUGACUGGGAUGGGAUCAUUGCUUGCCAUCAAGGUUAUAUAACUUGUACAACCUGGAACUACCAGAAAACUUCCAUGGGAGCCCAUAAACUGAAACCAAAAGCAUUCAGCAAAAACAAGCCUCUUGAUGUAUAUGCAACAGUAGUUGACAUUACUACAUGUGGAAACUUUGCUGUAAUUGGGCUUUCAACAGGACAUGUAGAUGUAUACAACAUGCAGUCUGGCAUUCACCGAGGACAUUAUGGAAAAGAAAAAGCACAUGAAGGUGCCAUUAGAGGGGUAGCAGUGGAUGGAUUAAACCAGUUGACAAUCACAGGUGGAAGUGAAGGAUUAAUUAAAUUCUGGAAGUUCAAGACCAUGGACCUAGUUUACUCUGCAAAUCUCUCUUCUUCUCCAAGUGCAAUGCUGCUUCACAGAGACAGUGGUAUUCUGGGAAUUGCCUCAGAUGACUUUGGCAUUAGCGUUUUGGAUAUAGAAACAAGAAGGAUCGUCAGGAAGUUCUCCGGACACCACAGCCAGAUUAAUGACAUGACUUUCAGUCCCGAUGGCCGUUGGCUAAUAACUGCAUCAAUGGAUUGCACCAUUAAGACUUGGGACCUCCCAUCUGGAUGCCUCAUAGAUUGUUUUUUGUUAGACUCAGCAGCUAUCAGCAUUUCUAUGUCUCCUACUGGAGACUUUCUAGCUUCAUCACAUGUAGAUGAUCUUGGAAUUUAUCUAUGGUCUAACCGUUCCUUGUAUUCGCUUGUCUCUUUACGGCCACUUCCAGCAGAUUAUGAGCCUUCUGUAAUAAUGCUUCCUGGAACUUGCCCUGCACAAGAUGUGGACAUCACAGGAGAUGAAGAAACAAGCGAUGAAAUGAUAGACUAUAAUUCACCAGAGCAAUUGGAAGAGCAGCUAGUGACCUUGUCGUCACUGUCUGAAUCAAGAUGGAAAAACCUCCUCAAUCUUGAUGUUAUCAAGAAAAAGAAUAAACCAAGAGAGCCACCGAAAGUUCCCAAAUCAGCUCCAUUCUUCAUCCCAACAGUUCCUGGCCUCAUACCGCGAUAUGCUGCUGCUAAGCAAGAAAAUGAUGGACAGCAGUCAAAGGUAGUAAACCUUGGAGUAUUGGCACAAAAAUCUGAUUUCUACGUUCAACUUGAAGAAGCCUUGAGCAGUAAUGAGUAUAAAUCUCCACUUAAUAUUCUAAAGGAAAUGGGACCAUCUCGUAUUGAGACAGAGCUAAGAGGCUUGGCUCCAGAUGCUGGUGGCGCUGUAGAGGUGAUGAAAAGCUUUUUGAGACUGAUUGGGACAAUGUUGAACACAAAGUGUGACUUUGAGCUGGCCCAGGCAUAUCUUGCAUUGUUUUUAAAGUUGCACCUUAAAAUCCUUUCCUCAGAGCCAGUCUUGCUGGAAGAAAUAGCCAAAGUGUCAACCCAACUAGAGGAAACCUGGAUCCAUUUACAGACUCUCUUCAAUCAAAGUCUGUGUGUGUUAAAUUAUAUGAAAAGUGCUUUGUUAUAAUGUGCCUUUGUUCCUAUUUAAGAAUACUAAUGUUGGAUAAAAAUCCUCUCAGAUUGAUGGUACUUUUAACAUUGCAGAUAAGUUUCUGAUUCCAACAAUACAGCUUUUGUAUGUCUUUGUUAAAUAAUACAGAAUUAAAUAUUUAACUUUUAUUUAGCUCAUUUAAAUUCAUUGUCAAAAUUUGAACUUACAAAAUUUUAAAAUGUAAAGUGCCCCACUAAAUGACUACUGGAGGCAAUGUAAAUUAUUUUUAAAGAUGAAUAAACAUUAAGAACAAAUAUAGCAUAGCAAAUCUAUAUUAUCGUGACCAAAAACAUAUAAUGGGGCAACAAAUUAUGAGAGAGAGAGCAAUAAACCUGCCAGUCUCUGUGUAUAGAAAAUACUUUGUGUUUGUUAGACUUAUGCUGUAGCUUAAAAAAAGCCAUUGCUUUAACAAAUAUUAACUGUGAGGUAAAACAGUGAUACAGAAACUGCACAUCUCCUUGAAGCCAAAUUGUCAUUGUCAUGACUAAGUGCUUGCUAAAUCCAAUUUGAAGAAACUAGUUUGUUUUCACACUCUUAUAAAUUGUGUUCUUUUUAUUCAAAUCCUUUUUACUCAAGCAAAGAUUGCCAGCUGUAAUAUCAAACAGAAUGCAAAUGAUAAAUUUUUUUACAUGUA